AUGAGUGACGCGACAACUUCCCUGCUCACAGAGCACUUCAGCUAUACGCCCCUAGUUCAUGACAUUAUCAACUCGAUCAACAAUUUGAUCUAUCAAGCCAUUUCCAGUCUCGAGACGGGACUAUUGGGAACGCCUCCUGAGCGCUUGGGCUUUUCGCAUGCGAACAAUGGCUCGACGAUACCUGACACCGACGAAGACGGAAAUGUUAUUUACCCAGAGGCACAGCUGGAAAUCGAAAAUGGACUACAUCAGCUAGAAACGCUGCUCGAGGCUACAGUCGACAAGACUUUCGAUAAAUUCGAGCUUUUCGUUUUGCGCAAUACGUUCAAAGUACCGGAUGAUCUGAUGGGAUGGAUUCGGCUGAAGCACUACGAGAAUCUGAACUUGGAGCCCCCAUCCGAUGCCCCCACUCCAGAGACGAUCUCCGCUCAGCGGAAGAAGUUACACGAAACGAAAAAGUUGAAUCGGGUGCUGAAACAGGAAAGCGCACGUAAUGAGGCCGUCAUUGCUCAGCUACGCUCCAUCCUGUCGAAUGCGCAGACCGCAAAACAGGAGAAUGGUGUCGCACACAACGGUCAACCAAACCUGGACUUGUCUUUCUUGACUUCUAGUCCAGCUGCACAGCAGCUACGUGUCGGUGCCGCUACCGGAUCAAACACACAACAUACGCCGAUCACCACGAACGCUACGUUCAUAUUGUCUCAGCUCCCUGCUCUACAAGCGCUUCUCAAGGAACUCCGGCCGAAAUUGGCGACUCUACCACAAUCUGGAGAUAAGAUGGAUGCGGAACCCAAAGCCGAUGCGAGACGCGAGUACAUCGAGAGCAGAGUUAGACUGCACCUCGAAAGGGCUGGUCAGCUGGCGGUUGGUAGUGAUAGCACUACUGUCUUUGCCGGCCGUAAGAUUGAUAUUGCAGAGGCACAGGCUCUUGAGGCUGUUACGGGAAUGCUUACGCAAGGAGACAAGAAAUCAGCUUAAAGGGCGUGAACCGAGAACACUGGGAUGGUUCUUUGUUCCAAAUCCAUCAAGGAGAUCUAUUUUCACUCAGUCGACCGAACUCAUGCAGACCACGACACGCUCCAUGUCUGCUGGUCCCGUCUGAAGGGAACAACAUCCACCUUGUCCGACUUCAAGAUGUUCGGGAUCUUCUCAUCCUUCCUAUCGAUGACGAUGAACUCCUUCUGCUCUUCGCCAAUGCCAUAGAAAUUGCGACCAAACUUGCUCAUGAAACCCUCAAUGAUCUCGGGGGUGAUGUCUUCCUCCUUCAGGACGCCAUUCUGGCAAGCUUGCUCGAACGCGUCGAUGACAAGCUGGGUGGUGUGGGGCUGAGUGAACA